AGAUUAUGGAUUGUCAUAUUACAGAGAGGGUGGGGUGGUGAUGGGGCGAUGCUGCUUGCAACUUGUUUAUAGCACAUAGGGUCAGCAUCAAGCAAAUCAUCGGAGGCAUUUUUCUUAUCCAAACAAAUAUCUAAAGGAACUUCCUCUUUCUUAUCCGUUAUAUGUGUGUUUCUAUUUUGUUUUUCCUUUUCUAGAUUAAACAAUUAGAUCGACCACCCUCUCUUUUGCCCUUUAUAAAUAGGCUGAUCCAAUCCCAUAAUCCCACCAUAACCAACGCUGCAAAGCCAAUUCACACAGAAACAAACUUCCCAAGUUCCAAACUUCCACUCUGCAGUCUGCUUAAUUAAUUCCUUAGUAUAGAAGCAAAGCCUUUUUUGUUUUUUUUUGGUUGUUGGUUGAAAAUGGAUACCAUUAGAGACUUGGCAUCAGAGAAGGCUGUGGUGGUUUUCACAAAGAGUUCAUGUUCUAUAUGCCACAGCGUGAAGAUGCUGCUGUAUGAUCUUGGAGCCAGCCCUGCAAUCCAUGAACUCGACCGCAAUGCCAAUGGGAGGGAAAUGGAGUGGGCUUUAAGAGAGCUGGGGUGCAAUCCUGCUGUCCCUGCUGUGUUCAUUGGUGGAAAGCUUGUAGCUCGCUCCGCUAAAGAUAUCAUAUCCCUCCAGGUUAAUGGAUCUCUCAAACAAAUGCUGAAAGAUGCAAGAGCCAUUUGGUUAUAGUAAUACAAGAACUAAUACCAAAGAACACAAGGCUGCAUAUCAGUUUUUAUGUCAAAUAUAUACAUACAUAUAAACAUAUAUAUAUAUAUAUAUAUAUAAAGUAUGUGGUCCGAUACCAUGUUCACAAAUUUGUUGCUUCAGGCUUUGUUUUUACUCAACUUCCUGGCAACAAAAUAUGAAAUGUACUUGACUGUAUUGAAUAUAGCUAGUGUUACGAGAUCUCUUAGUUAUAUGUUUCAAUGAAAAUGCAUUACAAGUACUUUUAAUUCCCUA